GAGUGACAGGUUGUCCCGCCUCCUCGCGUCAGUAAACACGACAUCAGAGAAGAGAUGUUGCUGCUAGAGGGAGGGGGAGUUAUUUUGAUUAAAGAUUAUUAGAGCACAUGAAUAAAAAAAAAAAUGAUGUGCAUUGAUGAAUCAUUUAUAAUAAAUACUGCAAUAUUCCAUAAAAAAUAAGAAUAGUCAAUUUUGAUUUAAUGGUGACUGUAAAGAAGGGGAAAUGUACUGUUUUUGUUCCUUUUCUCAUACAAAAGUAUGAAGGUGAACAUUAUAUGCAGACAUUUUUAUUGUUUUUGCAAACAUUUAGCCAACACUGUAUUAGUUAUAAAGCAUUAUACAUAAUCUACAAUGUUUGUCACUUUAUUUUAAGUUUAUCUUCAAUUUCUGUAACCAUUUUACAAGAAUCAUUUUCAUGAACAGAUACAGAAUAUGUCAUUUAAUUGUACAGUAAUUGUACUGAACAAUGAGUGGUCUGCAUGUUAUCAGUCAGUAGAUUGGUCGGAUCUACAGAUCAUCAGGAUGGCGUUAUAACAUGACCUCCCAGCACAGUGACAGUGCUGCUCAAGUAAAUAUAGACAACUAUUAAUAGGAUCAUAUACACACAUACAGCAAAACAGCUGCUCAGUGACCAAGCAAAGCCUCUGUUCAAACAAACCAAGAUCUUCAAAUCAAAGCCAGACUGACUUCAAACGACAUAUAAAGAAUGGGAGACUUUCAAAACUUUGACCAAGACUUCUAUCAGUCUGGAUAUUAUGUGGACGGUCAGCAGGAAGAGGAAUAUUGCUAUGAUCCAGCCUACGUUAAUCCAGAAUACCAUGAAGUUGAUAAUUCCGCACACUUAGAUGAAUAUACCACUACAGCAUCUUAUACGGGACAACUGUAUCAGCCUGUAGCGCCACCCGAGCAAACAGAACACCUAGACUCAUAUGAGGAAGAACCGCCACUCUUAGAAGAAUUGGGCAUUAACUUUGACCAUAUCUGGCAGAAGACUCUGACUGUGUUAAAUCCACUGAAGCCUGCUGAUGGCAGUAUUAUGAACGAGACAGACCUCACUGGGCCUAUUCUCUUCUGCAUUGCUCUGGGAGCCACACUAUUGAUGGCAGGGAAAGCGCACUUUGGAUAUGUGUAUGGCAUCAGUGCUCUGGGAUGUGUUGGCAUGAACAUGCUGUUGAACCUGAUGAGCAGUUACAGCAUAUCCUGUGGAUGUGUGGCGAGUGUCCUGGGAUACUGUCUCCUGCCAAUGGUUGCGCUCUCUGCCUUUGCUGUUGUUUAUUCACUUCAAGGGCUCUUGGGAACGCUGUUGGCCGUGUUUGUGGUUGGCUGGUGCAGUCUAUCAGCUUCUAAGAUCUUCAGUUCCACUCUUAACAUGAGUGGGCAGCAGCUGCUGGUGGCCUAUCCCUGUGCUCUUCUGUACGGAGUCUUCGCUCUCCUUACUGUCUUUUGAUAACUAAGAAAUGAUCACUCUAAGAUCAGAUGAAAAUCCAAUUUUAUGUGCACGUAAUGCACUUAGCCUGUCAAAGUGCUGUAAAUCAAAGUUACUGUAAAUCAGAAGAAUAAAAACAAAACCAUUAUAGAACUUGA